AAGAUUGUGAGAGGGCGACGGGGCAGAAAGGCGGAAGGGAGCCUGGAAGGGAAGGGGGACGGGGAGGGGGAAGAGAGGAGGCAGGGAGGCAGGAAGAUAUAGAAAGCCAUAUUUGGGUUCAACCGAGUAGGUUGGGAGUCUGAGCUGAGAGCUCACAGCAGUGACACCACUCACCACUUGUAGUCCAGUUGAGCUAAGCUUGGCAGGAGGAGGGAGAGAGAGAGAGAGAAAAAAAGAGAGAGAGAGUCUCGGAGAGGGGACGGGGAGGUGUUCUUAAGUCACAGGGCAGCUCGGUCGGGCGGUGAGAGGGACAUCAUCGGGACCAGCUUGAAGGAGAGAAAAAUCCACUGCUGCUGCCGCGAGAGUGAGCCAGAGCAUAGCACAGCGUAGCACUGCAUUGCAUUGCAUGCCGUCGCGGCAAUUGCUCGCAUUCGAGGUAUUUUUGCCCCUGCGAGCCUGUGGGUUGGAAUUUGAGCGCGGGGGAGCUGACGCCCGCGAGAUCGAGAUUCCCGAGGCAGCGCUGCGGGAGUUUGAUGAUUCAGGGGAGAGAGAAGAAAAUUUGGAGAGCUUGGGUUGAAGACAGAGAAGGCGAAAGGGGACGAAAGAAAAGAUGGGUUGCUGAAGCCGUGUUGUGAUCGAAUGAGGCGGACUUGAGUCGAGCCACAGCAUCUCGUAGGAACCUUGCCAUCGCAUCUCCCCCGUAUGGUCGUCGACCGGAAAUUCUUUCGUAAUUUUAGUGCAGCUGUUCCCUCGUUCCCUUGAUCUUGUGCCUUCCUCCGGGCAUCGUAGCGCCACAGGAUCGACAAUUGAACUCUAGAGUAGCUCAGUCGACUGUCCUCCGGCACGUCGAGUGAAGCGAAGCGAAGUGCAGUGCAGUGCAGUGCCUUUCCUGCGCCGGGGUCUCACUGAUCUCCGACCACGUUGCUUUCUGCCUUGCUCCCGUCUGCACCAAUUUGCAAUGGACACCAUCCAAGGCAUGGACGCUGGGGACUUACUGUUUUCCGCCCCACUGUCAUCCGCUCUGGACUCUUCCAAGUUCUGGAGCGGCAUCAAAAUGGAAAGCCCGUUUCACGGCGACUCGACCACCAUGAUCAACAACAACGCCAACUCCAACAAUGGGUCGUGCGUUGCCAGCUAUAUUCAAGCGAUGGAGGGCCAGGCGAAGUUCCCCGCCAAUCAGCCCUUGAAGUACAGUCCCGCAGAUGCUCUGGGAUUAAUGGACAUGGAUCAGGCCAAAUGCGGUUUUUCCACCGUGACCUCCACUCAGCGCAAUCAGUUCGUGCGGCCCUUGGACGAUGCUAUCGAGACCUUCGGCUUGGACGCGGACAUGGAGCUCAUAAAUAGGAUGCCAUUCGGAAGCUGGAAUCAGGCUCGCCUCAGCGGCGAAUUGCCGGCUCAGAGCAAGCCCGGCAUGUGCCGCUACCCGUCGGAAAUUUCCGACGACAGCUCGCUCGACGGGGGUCUCCCGGCCAGCAGCACCGUGAGCUCCACGAGCGAUGGGCUCGCCUCGAGAGAAGACCUCGACGACGACGUAUACGUCGAGGGCGGCUCCACCAACGCGGAGCUGCCGUCGCUGUCAAAUAUUACUCUGAACUCCCCGCGUCUGCUCCAGCAGCGCAGCAAGAUUGGCAUGGCAUCGCCCGGCUCCGAAGGCAGCGCCCAAUCUGCAGAUCAGGCCGGCAGUGACAGCAGAGAUUGCUCGCUCAGAGAAAUGGAGAACCAGCUCGUUGAUCGGACCGUAAUGGAGGCGAAUGCGGCCGCCGACCUGACCUCGUUACAAAAUACGGCGCUGGAAAAUCCGGACAUUGCAGUGCUCGUGCCGCAGGAUGUGAAGGAGAACGAAAGGCCGCCGCCGACAUCGGGCAUGGAUUUGAAGUGGAAGCACGAGGCUCCGGUUCUAGACGUGAGCGAGAAUUGGAACAGCAAGAAAUUGAAGUCGAGCCCGCCGUCGUCGCCGACCGCCUCGCCAGGUCUCGCAGUCCCGUUUCUGGCCCCGCCUCUCGCCGCGAGCCUGAAUGGCAUGAAUGUGAAUCCCUCCAGCGCGCCGUUCCUCAUGAGCAGCAACGUCCGCAGCAUUUAUCAGAUGCAGCAGCCGGUUCUCGCAGGGCUGGGGGCGCCGGCCGAUUUGACCAAGGUCGCAGGACCCAGCGCCAAGGGCGGGCUCAUGGCAAACAUGGCUCCGCAUCACUUGCUGUUCGGGCCCAAUUUUCCUGCCAUUGCGAAUCUGGACCCUGCCGCCAUCGAGAACUCGAGACCCAAACGGCGCAACGUGAAAAUCUCCAAGGAUCCGCAAAGUGUGGCUGCUCGGCAUCGGAGGGAACGAAUUAGCGACCGGAUUCGGGUGCUGCAAAGACUGGUUCCAGGAGGGACGAAGAUGGACACGGCUUCCAUGCUGGACGAGGCGAUAUCUUACGUCAAGUACCUGAAGCUCCAAGUCCAGACUCUCGAGUCGUGCGGCAAUGCAGGUUUCGACCCACGCAUGCCGUAUCCGGCUUACUACAUGCCGGUGCGCUCUGCUCAAGGGGACUGCUCCACCAUGUCUCAAAUCUCGCCGGGUGGGGGUUCUGCGGACCUCGGUAUAUACGGGGCUGGACUCGGACAAUCGACCAUGAAGUUCCCGCAAUUCUGUCACUGAAGUGUUUGGAGCUCGAGCUCGAGCUGAGGGUUGAGCUUGUGCACUGUUAUACGACUCGAGGAGGCCGAUGCCGAAGACGACGCUUGUUUUGAUUUUCUGGCCCCAUUUGCUUUGUUUCGUCUUUCAGGAUCUCUCUCGCUCGCUCUCUCGUCACGCGACGGCGAGAUCCAGAGUGCUGAACAGUCGGAGCAAGUUUGGCUGCUGCUUAUGAUGAUGAUGGAGGAGACGAGGAUGGUGACGGUAGUUCCUUUGUAGUCAUUGUAGAUAGAAGCUUUGCUGCAGCAUCCUCCCGACAGGACUGCGUUUCUCGGCAGACAUCAUGUUGCCCCCAGUAUACACACACCAGAGCGGAGAAGCAUGCUCAUUUUUGAGUCUCGCCGAUCGAUCGCUUCCGAUAGAGGGAGCUGGUUUUCUUUCAUCCAACGAGGAUUUUUCAUAUGCAAGUCAUCUACACAUUUGUGUAGGCUGAUUGGUGUUGCAACGACAACACGAGAAAUUUUUUAACCUUUCACAUUCGUCCAAAUCCAAUUAGACAGAUUCAUCAUCAUCAUUUCACAGCCACCUUCAACAACAAGGGGUGCUCGUCUAGAUACCGCUCCGCUACGCAGCUUUGGUGUGAGUGUCGUCUCCAGCGCAGUUGCUCAGGAACAAACUGCUUGGGUUCUUUUACAUUUAGUUAGUUUAGAUAGUCCUUGUACUUCUACCCCGCCGAAGUCAGCCCUUCCUUUUUUUUAAGCUUACGAUAUCACUCGUGUACAGAAGGCGGAUUGUUCAUAAUAAGUUUACGUCGUUAAAUUGAAAUGCGAGCUUCAGUUUUCACUAGUCCUGAUUUU